ACUGUAAGCACAAGAAAAUGGCGACGUCUCUGGGAUCCAACACAUACAAUCGGCAGAACUGGGAGGAUGCGGAUUUCCCUAUUUUGUGCCAGACCUGCCUUGGAGAAAACCCCUAUAUCCGAAUGACCAAAGAAAAAUAUGGAAAAGAAUGCAAGAUCUGUGCCAGGCCGUUUACCGUUUUUCGUUGGUGCCCUGGUGUUCGUAUGCGUUUUAAGAAGACCGAAGUGUGCCAAACAUGCAGCAAGCUGAAGAAUGUCUGUCAGACUUGCCUUCUUGACUUGGAAUAUGGUUUACCUAUUCAGGUUCGUGAUGCUGGACUCUCACUUAAAGAUGAUAUGCCCAAGUCUGAUGUUAAUAAAGAAUAUUACACCCAAAAUAUGGAAAGAGAGAUCAUGAAUUCAGAUGGCACUCGACCUGUUGGUGCUCUUGGAAAGGCAACAUCUACCAGUGACAUGCUGCUAAAAUUGGCUCGGACCACCCCUUACUACAAGCGCAAUCGCCCUCAUAUUUGUUCAUUCUGGGUGAAAGGAGAAUGUAAAAGAGGGGAGGAGUGUCCUUACAGACAUGAAAAACCUACAGAUCCGGAUGAUCCUCUUGCAGAUCAGAACAUUAAAGAUCGCUACUAUGGUAUAAAUGAUCCUGUGGCUGAUAAGCUCCUUAAGCGAGCUUCUACAAUGCCUCGACUAGACCCCCCUGAUGACAAGACCAUUACAACCCUAUACGUCGGUGGUCUAGGCGAUACUAUCACUGAGUCUGAUCUUAGGAAUCACUUCUAUCAGUUUGGUGAGAUUCGGACAAUAACAGUGGUCCAGAGGCAGCAGUGUGCAUUUAUCCAAUUUGCUACCCGACAAGCUGCAGAAGUAGCAGCAGAAAAAUCCUUCAACAAACUCAUUGUGAACGGCCGCAGGCUUAAUGUGAAGUGGGGCAGAUCUCAAGCAGCCAGAGGGAAAGAGAAGGAACGAGAAGGGACUACAGAAUCUGGUCUAAAACUGGAACCAGUUCCUGGUCUACCUGGAGCUCUUCCACCUCCUCCUGCAGCAGAAGAGGAAGCAACUUCUGCAAACUACUUCAAUCUAUCUCCUAGUGGCCCUCCAGCUGUUGUAAACAUUGCCCUUCCGCCACCACCUGGCAUUGCGCCGCCACCACCACCAG